AAAGACAGCAGCAAGACGACAAUCAGCACCGACUGGAGCACCUGGUUACAGCUUAUCAGCAGGGAGGAAACGGAGAAAAGAGACAAUGGAGGCAGCAUGCAUAAUAAAUGGAGGAAGUUUGGAAAAUACAAAACCAGCAACAAUUGGAAUGGUGGAGGCACUGGAGACCAGAUGUAAGGAAGGUGAUAUUAUACAGGCAGUGAAGGGGGUGAGCAUGAAGAAGUCAAAGUUGACAGUGUUGCCGAAGCUGUUGUGCCACAAAUAAGAAACAGGCUGCGCGUAUUAAGGUUGCAAACUGCCCCACCCCUAGGCUUGUUCCUUACUGCAGGUUGAUGUCGUAUAUCAAGUCUAUUGAAGUAGGUAAGUUGUAUAGUGUUCGGGAGAUGCUUUGUGAUGGGUUGGACGAAAAUGAUAAGGUGAAUGGUUGUUAUAGAGAUGUUGAAGAGCUUGUUUUGAAGUUGGCAGAGUUUUAUAUUAAUAGUGGUGAGUAUAAUAUUUUGACUUUUGAUGAACCUAACACAUUCCAUAUAGCUUUAGGUGGUGAUGGUGCUCCUUUAGGCAAGGACGACACUGCAUGCUCUUGGCUGGUGAGUAUUCUCAAUAUGGGACACCACAUACUGAGUAGAAAUGAAAUUUCCUUCUUUUCGGGGCUAACUGCUCUGAGAACUGUUUGCCAGUUAGAUGCUUCAUUGCAAAGCUAAUGACUGAUUUAGAGCGGAUUCAGAAAAAAUCGUAUUCUGUAUUAGCUGUCAACGGAGAGUCUGUUCAGGUUAAAUUUGUUAUUGGAGAACUGCCUAACGACAUGAAAAUGCUUGCAUUUUUAUUAGGAGGAGAACUAACCAACAGUGCUACCUAUUUUUCUACCUUUGCAGAUGUCAGUAAGGAUACUAUAGUUGAUUGUAAAGGAUUAUUUGGUCCCCAGCCCACUGACACCUGGAAGCCUUGGGUUUAUACCAAGAGAGUGAGAGAUGCAAAGGCAGUUGAAAAGUUUAAGCAGAAACUGAAUCCGAAUAUUAGUGAGAAGACCAGGAGAUCGAAAGUUACCGGUUUCAUUGCUAAGCAGAAAAGCAGACAGGAAUUUAUUCCCUUAGUGGCUGAUUUAAUCAACAAAGCCCACAUUGAACCACUGCACCUGAAGAACCAUGCAUGUGCCCUAGCACAUAGUCAUCUGUUAAAACUUGUAAUUUCAUGGUCUAACUUGUCUACUUCUAUUUCUACUUUUUCCCAGGUGCCACUCAAAUCUCCCUUCUAUAGGUAUGUUGAGACUCUAAAGUCAAAGUGUGGCCUGAACAGGUUGGCUAAGAGGAUCAUUAGAUGGUUCAAUGAUACUGGGCCUAAUGGUAAGGAUUUUUAUUACUGCCUUACAGGUAAGGAUUCAAGAAUGUUUUUAUAUAAUUUCAUGUUCCUUAUAAAUGUUCUUGAAACUCUAGCUAAAAUGAACAAGCUAGACUAGUCAUUCAUAUCCAUGCUUGUGUCUUUGUUUGAGAAAUGCCGUUUCAUUGUUUAGUCGUGUUAAGAUAACUGAAGAUAAAGUGGGUGAGUUAGAGUUGCAUCGUGGAAAUUUUUAUCGCGGCUAUUGUUUAUAUUUUCAUGUUAAUCCCACAGUAUGGUCUCUUGGCAAUGUUGUUCAUAAGCACACUCAAGAAAUGAAGUUAAA